GGUGGAAAUGAAAAGGAGGGACGAUUCGAUCUGAAGACUGCAAGCCGGCAGUCUCCGCUUCCUUUCUCCUUGUGUUGCUGUCUUCCUUUCUCCCUCUGCACCUAUCUGCUCAUUCUGCUGUGGAGAGUUCGCAGCCGGCAACGUGUCUGGAACGACCAUGGCUUGGCGAUCGUCAGGACGUCUCGCUUGUGACAUCAUGGCCUCUACGGCCCUCUACUUCCUUGUCAUCUCAUUGCUGUUGACGUCCGCAGGUCCCAGACAGGCUCACGUCCUCGCCGGGUAUCCGGCUUGUCAGAGCGCCUGCAACACGGCCUGGGUGCUCUGCUACAGCACAGCAGGGCUGGUGGCUGGCACAAUGACGGGAGGGGCGGCAGCUCCAGCGGUGGUCAUAGCUUGCAACUCGCAGCAAGCUGUGUGCAUGGCGGCAUGUGCGGCGGCAUUCCUUGUGGCCCCAACGCCCUACGAAGGAACGAUGGAAUUGCUCCUGUAUUCUGACGGCCGACAUGGGAUGUGCCCGCCGUUGGAUCUUCAAUUAUCCUCCGGGGGCCAGAGAGCAGUCACGCACACUGUUCUCGUCGAUCAUCCCAGCCAAUCCACCGGUGACCCAUCGGUCGGUGUGCAGGGAGGUCGCGGCAGUCGCAGUCAUGCGAGCCAUGCAGGACCGUCUAUGACUGCGAACAGAGGCGGCUGUGGCCAGCAGUCGGAGUUCAGUCCAGCGGUUGGGGGUCCAUCGGGUGCGGCUGCGGGGGUGCAACGGACCGGGCGAUCAGCAAGCUUGCCAUCAAUGAUGCGCUGUGUGGAGAGAAUCAUUGCUCGAGUUUCGUCGAUGCGGGCAACGAGUGAUGGGGAGCGUGAAGCAGAAGGUGAGGACUACGGAGAUGGUGCGGCCGAUGGAGAUGACAUGGAUGACGUGGAAGGCGACACAGAGGACGAGCCGUCGUUGCAACUCGGUGCUCGAAACACAGGAGGUGGAGCACGAACUGGGGUCGGGAGGGGUAGAGGAAAGGGAAACGCGAGGGUGGUCGGUGCGGAUGAAGGAGGCGGGACAAGUGUCGGCCGCACCUAUUGGAGUCUGGACGAGUCCCUUGUCCUGGUGCAGUGCAAAAGGGAUUACGAAGAGGCGAUGGCAGCCGCAGGACAUGCCGGCGGACAUGCCGGAGGAACCGUGGGUGGGAAGAUGGCGAAGAGGAAGAGCGCGCGGCAGAAUGCGUUUGAAGCUGUGACGGACGUCAUGCAGUCCCACUCGAAAGUCGUCGUCGAUUCUGUGGACAGGGCGAGCAAAAGGCAGUGCGAUGUGCUGCGGCGACAAUGCGACAUUAUGGAGAGGGAGGUGAGAGUGCAGGAUACACGGUGCCAGUUCUGGGAUUCCGGACAGCGGAUGCUGUGUGCACAUGGCGGGGGGGGGAUUCGUGCGAACCCCGUUCCCGUCACGAAUCUCGUACCACCGCCCGCUUCCCCAUCCUCUCCAUCAGCGGCCUCUGGCGUGUUUGGCCAAUCAACGGCGGACACAGCCUUGCAUCAUGCGGAGGGAUGGGGGGACCUUCCGCAAGACCUAACCGAGCUAAAUGGUGGUUGGGGGGGCGAUCCGACGCGCGGUCUGACCGGCUGGGCGGCCAUAUCCGCCACAUAUUCGCACUUCCUUGCAUGGACAUUCCCGCCUCCGCCAAACGGUCACCUGCUGUCGCCUCCCACCAACGACGACGAAGGCGGAGGGGGUGACGAUGGCGACGAUGACGAAGGGGGAUGGCUUGAAGAUGGUGGCGAUGAGGAGGGGGGAGGGGGUGCAGAUGGCGGCGAUGAGGAAGGGGGAGGUGGUGAAGAUGGAGGAGACGAGGAAGGAGGGGAUGGUGGCGUUGGAGGUGCAAUUUUGUAGGCGGUUUAGUUUGUAGGUUGUCGAGAUUUGAAUACUUCAUUUUGUGAAAGAAUAUUAUUUUUUCGGAUCUCGUCUUCAAUAAAGAGUAGUAAAGAGU